AUGAUGAAUCCCCCUCUUCCAUCCAAAACCCUAAUCCCCUUCCGAUUUCCAGUCAAAGCCAUUUCGAUUUGUCUAUCUCUUCUCUACUCUCGUUUCCGGACUCAUCGCCUUCGCCGUCCUCAAUUGGCCGCUCCUUCGAUCGAGCUCUCGAGAAAGCUCUCGCCUCCGCCUCCAGUCAUGUCUCCGCUCAAGAUCUCCUCCUCGAUCGCACUGUCGAACUCGCCUCCCUUCUUCUCGAGUCUACUCAACGAUGUUACCGGAAGCGAGCCACCGUUCACAAUUCCAAUUCCUGGCCUUUCCCUCAAGACCUCACCAUUAAGGUUAAAACAAUUGCAUUAUUGA